CGGCAAGGAGGUGAGAGGUGCUUCUAGGAAGAUUGGAUACAAAGUCCAGCCAGGUCUGCAAGAGGAUCCUGUGAAGAUGUCUGAGCUUCCAGGUUUAGAUAAAGCUCCAGAAGAUGUGGAGAGUGAUGAUUGCCUGCCUUCCUACAACUAUCUCUACAGCCCAGUUCUCCUCCAGGGCAGAGUGGCCUUCAUCACAGGAGGGGGUUCAGGGAUUGGAUUCCGAAUUGCUGAAAUAUUCAUGAGGCAUGGUUGUGACACCGUGAUUGUUAGCAGAAACCUGCCAAAGCUGAAAGAGGCAGCUGAAAAACUACAAGUGGCAACGGGCCGGCGAUGUCUUGCUGUGGCUGGAGAUGUCCGGCAGCCUCAGACCCUGGUAGAUGCUGCGGAUGAAGCCUUGAGAACUUUCUCCAGGAUAGAUAUUCUUGUGAACAAUGCGGCUGGAAAUUUCCUCUGCCCGGCCAGCAGCUUGUCAUUCAACGCUUUUAAGACCGUCUUUGAUAUAGACACAAUGGGCACAUUUAAUGCCAGCAAGAUUGUGUUUGAGCGCUACUUCAGAGAUCAUGGCGGAGUCAUUAUAAAUAUCACAGCAACGCUGAGUUACAAGGGACAGGUCCUUCAAGUGCAUGCCGGCAGUGCCAAGGCUGCCAUAGACGCCAUGACAAAGCACCUGGCGGUAGAGUGGGGUCCAAGUAAAGUGCGGGUGAACAGCUUGGCACCGGGCCCCAUCGUUGGCACAGAGGGAAUGCGCAGAUUGGGUGGAGCAGCUGCAGAAGCAGCCGGUGUAUGGAAUAAUAUUCCUCUGCAACGACCGGGCAACAAAACAGAGAUCGCCCAUGGAGCCCUCUUCUUGGCCAGCCCUUUAGCAGCCUAUGUGACUGGAACAACCCUAGUGAUGGAUGGGGGAUCCUGGAUGACCUCUCCCAAUUACUUACAAGCAUCGCUGGGUACCACUCCUUCUCCUCACCUUUAGAUGUGUGGGCCUCUCAAACGAAGACGGGUAAAUGAAGCGGCUGCAGAGAUUGGACAGUUAGCGCCUGAUCAACACUAAUUUUUCCAUUUGACACAUUCCACCUCGAUCCCUCGCCUAGUGUAGAGUGUUUUUUAUUGGGGAACAUGCAGGCCAUGUGUUGCAUAGUUGUUAAAUUGGGGGGAAUAGGAUAGGAACAAAAAAU